AUACGGACUACAUUUGGAAAAGCGUGAUGUCCUGUGAUAAGAGGUGACUAUGUUUGGCUGUCCAUUGUGGCACUAAAUCAUGGCUGUGGAUCGACUAAGCAUGGCCGGAGGUCUCAAGUUCAUGCUUUUGCUUUCAGUUGCAAUAGGAUGCGACGCAGCGAGCAAUGCUGAGUUGUCAGACUUUAUGACGUCAUUAUGGCACAGUGACGUCAAUAAUGCGUCCAGCGUUCGCGUUAAUCUUCAAGGUCACGCGUCAAGCGGUUCAGCGACGGACCAUGCCACUGGACCACUGUUCAGCUCGGUCAACGACCAAUAUUACUUCAGUCGACCUACAUACGCAGCGCUAAUACAGCUAUUGGACAAUUACAAUCACGUGAUCGGUGACGCAGAACGCUCCAAUCAGAACGAGGAUCAUGAAGUGACCUUAUUUCUUGAGGCAAUCUCAAAAACAACGGUGAUGCAAAAGACGCAACAAUUUCUCAAACAGCAAGGCUACGUAGGCGUGUCGUUGGCGGAGUUUGACACAUUGUUACGUCAGAUCUGGUUCGAGUUCUACCCCCGCCAUGGACAGACGCGUGACAGUUGCGGGUUCGAACACGUGUUCGUGGGCGAAACAGACACUAGUGAAGUCAUAGGCUUCCAUAACUGGAUUCAGUUUCAUCUUCAAGAGCAGAAAGGAAAUCUCGAUUACAGGGGCUAUAUCUUUUCCAAACAGCCGAGAACUCUGGGUACUCAAUUCACGUGGCUAUCCAAGACAAAGUCUCUUGGCACCUUCAUGUACGGGACCAGCCCUGAGUUGGACAUGGCCAUGUUCACGGUGUGCUACCUGACACGGCGCAACCAGCUCUGCAGCUUCUCCGUGGACGGGCAUCCCAUACAGCUGAAAACCUUCGACAUCACCAACGGUGGAGGCCAUCACCUGGGCACCGCUUAUGUUAAUUAGCUCAUUAUAAACCGUGAUACAUUGAGCCCGGGGCCUAGAUUCACCAACCCAUUCUUAGACUUAAGAAUAAAGAAUAUACUAGGAACCAAGAAAAAUGCGUUCAGUGUUUGAAUAUAUACAUGCUACCACUGGUGAUAAUGUCAUUCACAAAAUGUUCUAUAAGAAUAACGAUGUAGAUAGAGGUGGUUAAUACAACGUUUGACCAGGGAUGUAUAAUAUUAUAUAUCCCUAGUUUGACUCAAAAUUAAAGAAAUUCUUGAAUAUUCUAAUUUAAAGAAUUUUCUUUAUUCUUAGACUUAAGUCUAAGAAUUGUUUGGUGAAUACGGGCCCCAGUCUGGGAAAUAUGUGUUUAUGUAUGUGUGUGAUGUGUCGUUAUAGAUAAGCUUGAGCGGACUUUUUGUUUAUAGGAAGUGCUAAACAACUGGGCAUAAUGCAUGUGCGUAAAGUGACGUCCUGCACAGGCUAUUCAGUGACGACACUUUCCGCCUAAACUUGAUUUUCGGUAAGGAGGGACUUCCUUAAAACUAAAAAAACCAUAAAAGCGGAAAGUGUCGUCCCUGAUUAGCCUGUGCGGACUGCACAGGCUAAUCUCGGACGGCACUUUACGCACAUGCAUUAUGCCCGGUUGUUUAGCACUUCAUAUAAACAAAAAGUCCGCUCAAGUUUAUCUAUAACGACACAUCACACACAUACAUAAACACAUAUAUUGUACAGGCUCAUCUUAGACGACACACUUUUUGCGCAUGAAUUAAUACAUUUUUUCCUCAAUUUAACUAGAAAAUUUAAGUUAUGGAACUAUAAUAAGGUUUUUGUAUUCUCUUCUCUUUUAUCGCACUUAACUAAAAUAAAAAAGUUUCAAUGCUCCAAA